AUGUCCUUGAUACCCCGGUUAGACAACGACAUUCAGUCGGAAUAUGUUAAUAACAGUCUGCGGGACUGUAGAGGACAGCUGGGCCAAUCCAACCAACUUGAUCGAUCGCAUCUGGGCCAAAAUGACUUAUCAUCGCAAACCUCCCUGACGACAGAAAUGCCGUCAUUCUCAUCCAAUGUCUAUACUCAUGCUCAUACAUCCCCAUCUUUGGUAAAGCUUACAAAUAGUGUACCUGAUAUAGACUCUAGUCAGUCUUCUCAUACCGCUUUGGCUCGAGACGGUUCCUGGGGCAGCGAGGCACACUCUUUUCCCCAGUUAGAGAAUAUCAAUCUUCAAUUAGCUACAAAUGAUGCGGCGGUAUCAUUGACGGAGGUACCAGUAAUGCGGUAUUCUCACGUCGAUUUGGCCGUGCUUAACGCCGACCAGCACGACAGUGGGCGGUCCUCUAAACGGCCCGCUUCUAAAGCUAAUCUGAAGGCAAAUAUUACUGUCGUCCCAACCAGUAACGCUUCGAACUCCAGAAAGAGGGGAAGGAAAUCAACGGAGAGUGAGGUGGAGGGUCCGGCAGAAGAGACAAAACGGUCCCGCGGUCGUCCGCGCCUUGAAACGAAGGACCAAACUCCUAGCGAGCGACGACGGACGCAAAUACGACUUGCGCAGCGGGCGUACCGUAAUAGAAAGGAAAAUGCUAUCACAGAUCUUCAAGCGAAGAUAAACGACUUGCAGAGUGUAAACAACGAGAUUAAUAAUGCAUAUCAAAAUUUAUUCAAUUAUGCAUCUCAGCGUGGACUCCUAGCUCAGGCACCCGAAUUUGGCGAGGAGCUUCAAAAGCUUCAGACACUUAUCAAACAGACUCAAGAACAGGGAAAUCCUCAAAUUGACGACGAAAAUGAAAGCCCAGAAGGACAUUCUGGCGAGGACCAGAGGGAAGCACAGGAUCUUGCAGAUGGUACCGCUACGCAUGGCGAGCCGCCUGUGUCUGCACCGGAGAUUGAUCAGACGCCAGCUUUAUGGGGAGGUAUUACAGUUUCCCAUGAACCGGCAGCCCAGCCGCAAUAUGCUGCGAUAUCCGCCCUAGACCCUAUGUUAAAUAAUACUCAAACCCACAGUUACGAAGUGAUCACAGUGCCGACCUUAGAAAACGCUAGUUUUGGCCCAAAUUUGUCUAUUGAUACAAAUUUUUUAAAUCCAGCUUAUUCUUCCUGGGCGCAUCAUCCAUGGAACCGGCUCACAGGGCCGCGGACCAUGUCUUUCAACGAGUGGACAUUUGCUCGAAGAUUGCAUCGCCACACUGCCGAAAGGGCUGCAGCUCUCAUAUGCAUGCCCCAUCCUCCUCCGGCUAGGCUGAGGCGUGUUUUUGGGUUCGUUAUGCUUUUUGAAACUGUCGACGAAAUCAGAUCGCGAACACUGGCUAUGCUUGAUCGGGAGAAGAACGAUCCCUUAAGCAAUUGGAAGUACCCUUUCCAUAGGCUCGGAGGCUCCGGGACUCAUUUCCCAAAUCAAGAAGGCCCUCCCAGCCUUUCGGGGUCAUCAACCUACCAGAGUUCGGGAUUCGGCACAGGACCUUUCAACGAACGAACAACGAGGGUAGGGGAUACCAUGCUAGGUGUUUCCCAGUACAUCAAUAUGAGCGGCUGGGAGGGCACUUGGUUCGACGCAGAUGAAGUAGAGGCUUACCUUGCACAGAACGGAGUGGUUAUCCCAACAGCGGCUGAUAUACAUACUGUUGAGCUUCAUCCAGGGGCAUUCUCUGAUGUACAUUUGCAAGCUCAUGCCCAGCAUAUGCCACAUAUUCCCCCAAAUGGGAUACAUAUACCGCAUAUUGACGCAUCGAUUACCUCACAGACAUCUGUUACUGGUCCGCCUAUAUUAGGAGGUCCUACUUUUACAGCUGGCCUGGAUACUACCACCAUCACUAGUGCCAACCCUCCGUCAGGAUCAAAUAACCCCUGGGCACCCAAUCCCGCGUCAUCAGGUUUCUAUGGCGGUGCACAGCAUAUGGGGGGAAUGGCUUCAUCUUUCACUGGCCUCGACACUAUGACAGCCAAUGCAUUCGUCGAUAGUUCGGCCUACUAUUUUCCAGGUACUGAACCAGAGGCUCUAACCCCGAGGAGAGUCGUCCUGGAUAUCAACCAAUUUAUUGGAGGUAAGGUCAUCUCCAUUCCUUGA